AUGUUGAACGUUCCCAAGACCCACUGGAGAGUCUGCAAGAAAUGUGGGAAGCACCAACCCCACAAGGUGACCCAGUAUAAGAAGGGCAAGGAUUCUUUGUAUGCCCAGGGAAAGCGGCGUUAUGACAGGAAACAGAGUGGCUAUGGUGGGCAGACUAUGCCUAUUUUCCACAAAAAGGCUAAAACUACAAAGAUUAUGCUAAGACUGGAGUAUGUUGAGUCAAACUGCAGAUCUAAGAGGAUGCUGGCUAGUAAAAGAUGCAAGAAUUUUGAACUGGGAGGCAACAAGAAGAGAGGCCAAGUGAUCCAGUUCUAA